AUUGAUAGUGAAAGACCAUUUUCCAACAAAAAGACCGGAAAAAAAAACAACCGUCUUAGGUCAACUUACAUAAUUUUGGAUGUUUUAUAAAGAAUGUUAAAGACAUUUGUUGCGGAUGGUGAUUUUGCUGGAUCCAUAACUAUAAAAGAAUAUGAAGGACGUUAUUUUCCAGCAAGUAUUCCAGAUAUACCUUCACAAUGGAAACGUAUGCAGUCAUUUGAUGCCAAUGACAAUGAUGUCAUCAUUUGUUCAUAUCCAAAAUCAGGUUUCCAUUGGAUAUGGGAAGUAGUGACAAUGCUAAUUAAUAACUCAUCAAGUAUUUCAAAGGAUUUACCAGCCAAAUAUAAUUUAGAAGUUGGGUCUAGAAAAGUGGAAGAGACACCACCACCAAGAGUGUUAGGAAGCCAUUUGUAUUAUGAACAACUUCCUGCUUCAAUCAGACUAAAACAAUGCAAAAUAAUCAAUGUUGUUAGAGACCCAAGAGCAGUAGCAGUUUCGAGUUUUCAUUUCUUUACCAAAAUAAAAGAAACUAAAUGGACUGGUAGCUGGGCUGGUUAUCUAAAUCUAUUUUUAAAUGGUAAAGUCCUGUUCAACGACUGGUUUCAACAUACACAAUUAUGGGAGAGGGUAAGACAAAACAAUCCUGAUCAUCCGAUACAUGUUCUGUUCUAUGAAGACGCAAAACAGAAUCCAUUUUAUGAGUUUAAAAGACUCGCUCGAUUUCUUCAGCUAGAUGUAAAAGACUCUUUAAUUCGGACCAUUGCAGAAAAAACAAAGUUUUCAAACAUAAAAAUUUCUAAAGAGGCGGCAGUUAGACACCGUUUAGGAAACGUAUUUGCAGGCAAUACAUAUCCUUUAUAUAGGAAAGGUAUAGAGGACGACUGGAAAUCUUAUUUUACAUUGCAACAAAAUGCUGAAUUUGAACAGAUUUACAAAGAAAGGAUGCAGUACAACAAAUUGCAGCUAAAAUCAAUCGUCAACCCUGGCAAUACUGAUACUGGCUGUGUAGAGGAGACUCGAUAUGGAUCAAAGUUGUAGUUUAAGGACAAUACAUUACUUAUUUAUGUCAUUCAUUAUUAUCUACAUCAUACUUCAAAACCAUCAAAUUUAUAUUUAAUGCUAUUUAUGAAGUGUAUGCAAGAGUUAUGAAUGUUUUGUAAAGGAUUCAUAUCUAAAACCAUACAACUGGCAUCACUACAAAAAGAUAGAAAGCAUGUUUUUCUUUAUUAAGCAGUCGUUAGUACUAACAGUUGCGGGUACGUGAUUGAAUUAUAAACUGAAAUAUUUUGUUUAAUUAUAGAUGCUUUAUUCUUAUCAUUUAUACAUGUCUGUUAUUUUAUGUUUUGUUUAUUUUGUCACAACUCUAAAGGUUGAUUAACAGGAAAAUAAAGUAAUAUUUAAUCAAGAUUUGUUA